AUGCCACUUAACCCCGCCCACCACCGCAACGACUCCAACUCCCACUCCCACUCCCACUCAACCUACUCCUACCCACGCGCCUCGAUGGCUCCCCCAAACACAUCCUCGACCUUCCAACAAAGCCACUACCAAACCCAAGCCCAUCCCCACCAUCAACAUCAACAUCAACCCAUGUCGAGCUCAGCCAGCGGCUCAGUCUCCAUGUCCGCUGCCAAAGCGCGGCAAUACGCGCAGCUCCAGACGCAACUGGCGCAACUAAAUGCCAAUUUGGCGGAUACGCAGAAUUUGCUCCGAAUGACGGCCGUUCAGGCGGGGGAUAUGCGCUUCUUGGGCGGAUAUAUGGGGGCUUUGUUUAUGGGGAGUGCGAAGGUUUUGGGGGAGGAAGGGGUUAAGGGGAAGAGUGGGAGUGGAGAGGGGGCAGGUGAGGCGAUUGUUAAGAAGGAAGACAGUGAGGAGGAUUGA